UUGAGGUUGUGCUUCGGCGCUAGAAUCAGUUGAGCGCAUAACACACUGACUUUAAAGGAAUAAUUUAAUGACUAACUUUAACAUGCUCGAUAAAAGUAAUUGUAGCAGCGGUAACUGCUCGAGUGCGCAAGAGACUUUAUCCGAGGGAUACUUUGCGCUCGUGAAAGCUGCAGUUCUGGGCUCAAUUUUCGUGCUGGCAACAUUUAGCAAUUUAUUCCUUCUGCAUACCCUCUGGAAGAAGAGGAAAAGACACACUCGAACCCAAUUGUUUCUCCUGCACCUGUGUCUGGCUGACCUGGUGGUCGCUUUUUUCCAAGUUCUACCGCAGCUCUCCAUGGAGAUUACGCAGCGAUUCAGAGGCUCUGAUUUGGUGUGUAGAUCAGUGAAAUAUCUUCAGGUGGUUGGAAUGUUCGCGUCCACGUACAUGAUAGUGGCUAUGACCAUAGAUCGCUAUCAUGCAGUCUGCAAACCCAUGGUAUCGUUUUUAGCAGGGUCUUUCCGAAGAUAUGUUGCCAUAAGCGCAACGUGGCUCAUCUCCUUAGCGUUUAGCGCGCCACAGUUGUUCAUCUUUUCUCUCCGGGAAGUUGGGGAAGACGUUUAUGACUGUUGGGCUACAUUUAUUGAACCAUGGGGAGGCAGAAUAUAUAUAACCUGGAUUACACUGUCUGUGUUUGUCCUGCCAGCCGUAAUCCUGAUGUACUGUCAGAUAAAGAUAUGCGCAGGGAUUUAUUUCAACAUUAAGAGAAAAAGCUUGCAGGGAAGCACAGGUGAUGGGCGCUCCAGUACUAAAGGGAUAUCCAGUGCUAUGUUGAAGACUGUCAAAAUGACAUUUGUUAUCAUCCUGGUUUACACCCUCUGCUGGAGCCCGUUUUUUGUUGUCCAGCUGUGGUCAGCAUGGAGUCCCAACAGUGCACCCACACAAGGGCCAGUGUUUGUUACUAUAAUGCUGCUCGCCAGUCUCAACAGCUGCACAAACCCGUGGAUUUAUCUGUACUACAGCUAAGACCUGCACAGACAUCAAACGUUCACUUAACUGCAGUUAUCACCAGCUGAGAAGCUUACAUGCAUUUGACCAAGGCUUUAGUAACCAAUAAUGCAACUGAUUAUUCAGUAUUUGAAUAUAGUUUCUGUGCUCAUAACAUACUUAAAUACCAUUUGUAC